AUGACGAGCCUUGUGAAUUGUUUAGCGAUUUGUGCAAUCUUUGUUUGGGUUCCGGCUCUUGGAAAACCAGUUGAGAAUUCAGAAUGGAUAGAACUCUCUUACCCAUUCAACGGUGAGACUAUCUACUGGCCAACAGUAAUGAGUUUCCAUCACUCCUUGGUGUUCGAAAACUACACUGCUGAUGGAUAUUACUUCGCCUUAUACAACAUCGGCGCCUCUGAACACGGUGGCACCCAUAUCGAUGCACCAAGGCAUUUUGCGGCGGGAAAAUGGACAACAGACCAAAUACCCCUUGAUCAUCUCAUUGGGCCUGCAAUAAAGAUUGAUUUAUCUUCCAAAGCUGACAAGGUGAAAUUUUAUUAUUGUUAUCAAAUUUAAUGAGACGAUAAAACGAUAGAGGUAGUGCUCUUUGCGUUGCAAUUACUUUACCUCUGUCAGGGCUAGGCGUCUCCGACCAAAACACAGGUUCUUAAGAAAAACAUAAUCAUUACGCCACCCAUUUCAGUAAAUUUGUAUUGACUUUUAAAUUUUCGAAAACUGUUGAAUUAUUUUCGCUGUUAGUAAGUUGAUUCACCAUUUUCUUAAAGUUAAUUAGUAAAGAAACAGAUACCGGUUUAAUAUCACGAUAACAUUCUUACAGUUGAUAGGCCUGUCUUUUCUCAUCAGCUAUAUGCUGGAGAAUGUCUUGAAAAUCUUAGGAGAAGUUAUGAUGGUAACUUAAUUUAGUGGAGAGCGAUUUGGUCUGUGUUGCGGAAUUCUUAUAACCCCACUCGUUGGUUCAAACAAAUCAAGAGGACUGUAUCUUUCGAUGUAACACGAUUUAAUGUACAAUUUUCACGUAUUUAACGGUCGUAACACAACUAUCAACGAUCAACGACCAACUAACACAUUCUAGGUAUACAGAGGGUUUUUCUACUAUCCUUGCGUAAGGCAGUAUUUUUACAUUAAUCACAUGUACAGUAAAAGUUCCCAUUGUAAUGCAUCUAAAUUAAGUGACUAUGACAAAAUCGCACGUUCUUUCACCUUAUUUAGCCUAAGAAAAUGCAUGCAGUUACAUCAUUUUAUAUCGUAAAUGUACUAGGACUUUGUCUACAUUUUUGUGAAAUCUAAUGUCACGAAAUCUAACUUCUUUGCGUUACAAAUGUCAAUUUCUAAGUAAUAUUUAAUCACAAGAUAAUCAAGUUAAGAAUCAACUAAUUUUUUUUUUUUCAGUGGGCAUGGUAACGAAUCGUGCAAUCUGAUUGGUUCUUUACGCGGUCUGUAUUUUCCUAUCUCUGCCCACAGGCAACAGUAACGCUUUCGUGAGUCGCCGAGUACAUCCCUACUUUCGUUGCCAUUUUUCAUAAAUAUAUCUCGUUUUUCCGGCUGGACAGUAUUUUUAAGCAAAGACGUCGGUCACUGCCUCAAGCCGAUAAAUAACAUAUUAAUCCUCUCUUUUCUCUCUCUAAAAUCACUUCGGUUGAUAGAAAAAUGUUGGUUUCAAAAUGAAUUUUUGUAAGCAGUAGUGACAUUACGUUGAUUGACAAGCGGCCUAAGAACCGUCUGCAAUUAAUUUUGAUCGUUCACAAAAAGUAUCUAAAAAGUUAAAACGUGAGGUAUUUGGUUACAGUUGAACUAAUCGAUGGAACUUUCAUUCAUUUAAUAUCUUAAUUUUCUUAAACAAUUUGUUCUUAGUGAAAGGGCGAGCGAAGUUUUAAUUUCAGUUCUACAACAAAUAUACGCACUCGGUGAUUCUUAAAUGACUGUGAAUAUUUUAAAAUUAUAUUUGUGAACUGUGGAUAAAGAAGUGAAUAUGAAAGCGACCUUCGCAGUAAUGAACGUUACUCAAGCAGUAGUGAAAGAAAGGCUUCAUUUUCACUACUGCUUAAGUAAUGUUCAUUAUUGCGAAGAUGGCUUUUAUAUUCACUUCCUAUCUUACUUAAGAGGACAAUUUGUUUAACAGUCAUGAGCUUCCUAAGUAGGUGGUCAUUUCCUUAUUCGUGGCCUUAAUUCGUGAUUCUCUGAUGAUACUUUAAAGAUAAAUUUGAUAUUAUUCACUCUUAGUAGUUCAAGAUUUAACGGCUGUGUUGUCUUCCUCUGCGGUGAUCUAAACGCACCAUUCACAGCGAUUGAAACUGAUAGUAACCGCGAUUAGCAUUACGACUGAUUAAUACCAAGAGAAUGGUAUGAGUUUUUUUUUCUUUCCCUUCUUUCUUUUCUAUAGAACGCUGACUACGAGAUGACACCAAGCGACUUACAGGAAUGGGAAGAGAAACACGGCGUGAUCCCAGAUAAUGUUAUUUUGCUGGUAUUUUUCGGCUGGGGAAAAUAUUGGCCGAAAAAGAAAACGUAUCUCGGAACUGAUCUCAAAAACACUUCCCUGCUGCAUUUCCCAGGUACGUUGUUGAAAUAAUAGACAAAAGUUAUAAUUGAGAAAACGUAAAGGGGACCAUCAGGACAAAUUAAGAAAAAAUAGGAAAGAUUAUUAAAUGAAACUAAGCAAUGGAAUGAAGGAGAAAGCAUCGAAGGCAAAUUAAGUUUUUUUAAACCUUGCGUCGAUAUUUCCAGCCUGUUAAAGUAAAAACAUGAUGGUCUGGGCUCUAGGUUCCCAGAAAUACAGUGCUGAAACUAUAGAACCAUAAAAUUUAGCCGAAGAAAUGAUUACUUGAACACUUAAGUCGGUCGGUGAAUAUCUUUGUUGCAGAUGAUUACCGCACCACUUCAAUACUCUGAAUUGAAGUCUCCUUACGAAUGGAUUACAAUGACUGCCAUAUCGGCAGUUUCUGCCCUUCCCCAGGCUGCUGCAUACUUUGAUAUUCCUCCAUGAAAAAUUUUCCUUCCACUUGAGAAGGUCAAUUCUGUUUUUCUUUUCGUAUAAAUAAGCAAGGGCAAUGUAGCCAUAUCUUAUUAAAUGCCCCAUAAAAAGACAGGUUUCUUUUCAUAGGAAUACACCCCAACGCUUCUCGUUGGUUGGUUAAGAAUCGCAAAGUCAAGAUGGUUGGUAUUGAUACCCCAUCCAUGGAUUUUGGACAGUCCAAGAUGUUCCAAACACAUCAAAUCCUCUACGCAGAGAACAUUCCUGGGCUUGAAAAUGUCGCCCACAUGGAUAAGCUGCCUACGAAAUGUUUCACAGUGUAUGCAGCACCCAUGUUCAUUUCCGGCGGAAGUGGGGGGCCUUGCCGAGUCUUUGCUCGUUUGGACGAGAACUGCUCAACGAGUGCAGUCGUAAGGUUCCAGAACGACAUUGUGUUUUUGACAGUAAUGAUUUGUCUUGUGUUUGGUUUCCUAUGA